AUGACAGAGAAACACUCGGAGGCGGCUGUUGCCCGCGUCGAAAAACCGAAAGAUAGUCCACCCGACCAGAAUCAGGAUGACUCAAUGCAAAUUUUUGCUUCAUCUGGAGACUUGUUUGAAUAUUCUGCGGACGAGGCGCGGGUGGUUCGUUGGAAGCUUGAUCUCAUUUUAUUGCCAAUGAUGGCUAUUACAUAUAUUCUUUCCUUCAUGGACAAGGUGGCUUUGGGAGAGUCUUCGAUUUUUGGGAAUUUUGGACGGCGAUCGGCAACCAACUCCUUCGCAGGCUUGUCCGUGUGUCGGUUCUUCUUGGGUGCCUUUGAGACUUGCAUCACCCCCAUUUUGACUAUUCUGGUUUCCCAAUACUGGACUCGAGGCGAGCAACCACUACGCGCUUCGAUUUGGUGGGCAGGUGGAGGCGUCGGCGGAUUUAUAGCUGACUCGAUCACAUAUGCUGUAUCCGGGGGAGCGUGGAAAGGCAGCCAAUAUGCCACAUGGCAGGUUGUUUUUCUUGUUUUUGGCCCCAUCAGUAUUGCAUGGGGCGUUUUCCUCUUCUUCUUCCUGCCGACCUCUCCGAUGUCUGCUUGGUUCUUGACAGAGCGUGAAAGAAAAAUCAGCGUUAUGAGGGUUGCUCGAAAUCACACGGGUAUUGAAAAUCGCAAAUACAAACUCUACCAGGUUAAGGAGGCUCUGCUUGACAUACAAGUCUGGAUGUUGUGUGCGCAGAGCUUUUUACAAUGUAUUCCCGGAGGGGGUUUGACUGCUUUUGGCAAAAUUGUUCUCCAAGGCUUGGGAUACUCAGACCGCGAGACCGUGGUUAUGGGUAUGCCUGCCAAUGGAAUUCAACUGCUCAUCAAUGUCCUGGCCGGUGUUAUCUCUCAGGUUAUUCCUAAUACAAGAUGCAUGAUGAUGAUUCUUGCAAAUAUCAUCGUGCUGAUUGGAAGUGUAUUGAUUGAGAUCCUCUACGUCAACACUAUUCCAUAUAUUAUGUGCAUGAGCUUGAUAUCUUCGAAUAUUGGUGGAUUUACUAAGAAGGCCACUUGUGCUGUAAUGAUGUUCAUUUCCUAUGCUGUUGGACAAAUCGUUGCUCCACAGUUUUUUAUUGACAGCGAAGCCCCUACGUAUCCUACUGGGUUCCGGGCAUUUUACGUCAGCGUGGCCCUCAUGAUCGUGAUUGAGCUUCUGAUGGUGCUUUAUUUGGCCAGAGAAAAUCGCAAGAAGGCCAGAUCAGUCCCAUCCGAAUCCCAAGCCCCUUCAGGUGUAUCCUCCGCGGAUUUUCAGGAUCUCACAGACAAGGAGCAUCCUCACUUCAGAUAUGUUUAUUGA